AAUGGUGGGGACAGAUAGUAAGGUAGCAUUACUGCCUGAGAUCUUUCCUCCCGCUUUGGAAAGUCAAGCCAGUUUGCUACCAAGCCCCUUUUUCUGUUAACUAAGCAUCCCACCCAUUAGGCAGAAACAGGCUGCUACUGCCAAAACCACAGAUUCCCAUUUCUGGAGGGUGGAAAGGGCCCAAGGAGGUGAUGGAGGCCACAAGCCAGUCCCUCCCUAUUCUGCAUUGAAGACUGACAUGCGUAACAGAAUGCUGGAGCAGCCUGCAGUGGAAAGUUAAGAGCUGUGGUAUGUGGCAGGCAAAUGAGGGAGCACAAAACUACUAGGAAGAGUGAGACUCAGAGGAUGAGGUGCAGCAUGGCCAGGACACCGCAGUUACUGGCUUAUCUGGUGGUAGCCAUUUGCCUCUGCCCUGGAGCAACAACAACCCAGCACCAUGCAGGCUUCAGCCCAUCCCUUAAAUAGCUCCCCUUGCAGCUGCUCUGGGCUGGGCUGGAGCUGGAUGUCAUGGGGCAGCUGUACAUCCAGGAUGAAGAACUAGCAUCCACACGUCCAGGUCGCCGACUCAGGCUCCUCCUGCAGCACCGAGUACCCAGUGACUUGGAGGGUGCUGAGCAGCAGCUGAAACAGCUCCAGGACCUGCGGAAGGGGCCUCCUCUUAGUCCUUGGGACUUUGAACAUCUGCUCCUCACAGGCCUAUCCUGUGUCUACCGGCUCCAUGCUGCUAGUGAGGCUGAAGAAAGGGGUCGCUGGGCCCAGGUCUUCUCCCUCCUGGCCCAGGAAACACUCUGGGACCUGUGUAAGGAUUUCUGCCCCCAGGGCCAGCCCCCUUGGCUGGCCUGGGCCUCCAUCCUUGGCCCCUUCCCCUGA